AUGCAACCACAUAUUUUGACAGACCCGCUUUCUCCCCUUUCAGUUGCCGCUGCGUCUGUGUGUCUGUGGCUGCCUGCGCCCGUGUGCAUUCCUGACCCCUCUGUAUGCGUCCCUGGUGAACAACUCACGUGGUGCAUAAGUUCUUUGGCGCCUUGCUUGCUUUUGAAGGUGAAGGAAGAUUUGCGUCCGCACCUGCCUCCGCGUCCAAGUGAAGUGCGGUCCGUAGGAGCAGUCACAGCGGUGUUGGUGUUGUUGUUGCUGCUUCGCCCCAGUGUUUGGGUAGCGGGACAAGAAGAAGGAGACGCGGAAUUGCGUCAGCUAAAACAGUCAAAGAAGCAAGGUGAAAAGAAUAAAAAGAGGGACAGGACGGUGUAUGGC